UAGUAAUCUUGAUACAUCUUCAUUCUUCAGUCAACGAGAAUUGUAUGUUAUUCGUUCGGUUAACCGCAGUGAAAGAAAAAGAAAUUGAAAUUUUAUAAUUUUAAAUAAUUUUACAAUGUUUGACGCUAUUUCAGAAUUAAUUAAUGCCACCUAUUAAUACAAAUUCACAUGACGUAAAUCUGACGGUGAAUUUAACCUCACUCUGCCCAACUACCCGGCUAGAGCGCAUCGAGAGUUUGACAAGAUAUUUAAGUUUUUAUCCUGAAGUGCAGCGGGUUCUAACAAUAAUUAAUGCAAUGGGGAACUGGCAAUUAGAAGUCGCUAAAAUGGUGUUGUACAUGGCAUUUCCAGUGGGUAUGUUUCACUACUUCAACCAGCCAGACGUUUAUCAAAGUUGGGUCACAAAAACGAAACUCGAAAUCUACCCCAUGAUCAACAAAGAAGAAGAUGAUGCGUUGAGACGAAAAGUCAGGGAAAUACGUGAAAGACAGGAAGCCAAAGCUUUUGAAGAGUUGGAAUCUAGUUUAAAUAAAUAGGUAAUUAGCAUUUGUUAUUCAUCAUUUAUUUGAGACUAAAUGUUUCUUAACGCCGAGCUUUACAGCUAAUAGAAUAUUCAAAAUUGUUGGUUCAACUAGUUUCUCUAAAGCUGUUUUUUUUUUCUUCUCUGAAAAGUCGAUAAGCUUCAAACAUACAGUAAUGUUUACCGUUGCCGAUGUAAACUGUUGACUAUAUUUAUAUUUUAAAGAUUUAUCUCAUACAAUCAUCAGUGUUCUUGGUGCUUGUAUUAUUUGUUGAUUUUCUUUAAUAAAUUGUAAAAUAUAACUAA